AAACCCAAAACCCGAUGAGGAGCGGCCCGAGCCAUGGAGGGCCCAACCCCAGAGCCCGCCUACGUCGACGUGGACAAGGGGCUGACAUUAGCCUGCUUCGUGUUCCUCUGCCUCUUCCUGAUCGUGAUGAUCAUCCGCUGUGCCAAAGUCAUCAUGGACCCGUACAGCGCCAUCCCCACCUCCACGUGGGAGGAGCAGCACUUGGAUGACUGA